GGCCCUGGGCCUGAUAGAUAGCCAUGGUAUUGAUUUUGGGCAGACGGCUUAACCGGGAGGACUCUGGAGUCCGUGAGUCUCCAGCUGUCAAACGGAAGGUUCUGGAAAUGGACCCCAAGUCCCUGACCAGCCAUGAUGUGUUUGACUUCUCCUCUGGUCCCUGCCACUCCGAGAGCAUUUUGCAGAUGUUCAACGAGUUCCGUGACGGUCGUCUUUUCACGGACGUGGUGAUCAGCGUGGAAGGCCGCGAGUUCCCAUGCCAUCGCGCCGUGCUGUCGGCUUGCAGCAGCUACUUCCGCGCCAUGUUCUGCAACGAUCACCGGGAGAGCCGCGAGAUGCUGGUGGAGAUCAACGGCAUUCGCGCCGAAGCAAUGGACACCUUCCUGCAAUACGUCUACACGGGUCGCGUCCGCAUCACGACCGAAAACGUACAGUUCCUCUUCGAGACUUCCAGCCUCUUCCAGAUCAGCACGUUACGUGACGCUUGCGCCAAGUUCCUGGAAGACCAGCUGGACCCCUGCAACUGCCUGGGCAUCCAGCGCUUUGCGGACGCCCAUUCACUCAAGCAGCUGGCCAGCCGUUGCCGCACCUACGCCCUGCAGAGCUUCGCUGACGUAGCUCAGCACGAGGAGUUCCUGGACCUACGUCCAGAUGAGCUGGAGGAAUAUAUUGCCAGUGAUGAGCUGGUGAUUGGGAAAGAGGAGAUGGUGUUUGAGGCAGUGAUGCGGUGGGUUUACCAUGACGUGGAACAUCGCAGAUCCAUACUGAGGGACCUGCUGAACCACGUUCGCUUGCCCCUGCUGCACCCCAAUUAUUUUGUACAGACGGUGGAGGGAGACCAACUGAUCCAGAAUGCGCCUGAAUGUUACCAGCUGCUGCAUGAGGCUCGACGAUACCAUGUGCUGGGCAAUGAGAUGAUGUCACCUAGAACCCGCCCACGCAGAUCCACAGGUUUCUCGGAGGUGAUUGUGGUUGUCGGGGGCUGUGAAAGAGUUGGGGGUUUUAAUUUGCCCUACACUGAGUGCUACGAUCCUGUGACCGGAGAGUGGAAGUCCCUGGCCAAGCUCCCAGAGUUCACCAAAUCAGAGUACGCCGUCUGUGCCUUAAGGAACGACAUCCUCGUCUCGGGAGGCCGUAUAAACAGCAGGGAUGUGUGGAUGUACAACUCUCAGCUCAACAUCUGGAUCAGAGUGGCCUCACUCAACAAGGGACGCUGGCGUCAUAAAAUGGCUGUGCUGCUAGGAAAGGUGUAUGCAGUGGGAGGCUAUGAUGGACAGUCUCGGCUGAGCAGUGUUGAAUGUUAUGACUCCUUCUCUAACCGCUGGACUGAGGUGGCCCCCAUGAAGGAGGCAGUCAGCUCCCCAGCUGUUGCUAGCUGCGUCAACAAACUCUUUGUGAUUGGUGGUGGUCCUGAUGACAACACCUGCUCUGAUAAGGUUCAGUGUUAUGACCCGGAGACAGACACCUGGUUGCUAAGGGCUAAUAUUCCCAUUGCUAAACGAUGCAUAACAGCAGUGUCCCUGAGCAACCUCAUCUACGUAUCUGGAGGCCUUACCAAAUCUAUCUACUGCUAUGAUCCUACAGAAGACUACUGGAUGCAUGUGGUUAACACUUUCAGCAAACAGGAGAGCUGUGGCAUGUCCGUGUGUAAUGGGAAAAUCUUUAUCCUGGGGGGUCGUGGGGAGAGCGGAGAGGCGUCAGACACCAUCCUGUGUUACGACCCGGCCACCGGCAUCAUCACGGGCGUGGCCGCCAUGCCCCGCCCCAUCUCCUACCACGGAUGCGUCACCAUCCACAGAUACAACGAGAAGUUCUACCGCUCAUGACCCCCGCGGUGUCGCCCCGCCCCCUUUUCUUCUCAGGGUCAAAAGCACAGGGAAGAGAUCGGUCUGAGCCACCAGCAGCAUCCACAGCAUCUCCUGACAUCCCAGGACAGAGACGGAGACCAUCCAGUCCCAACCACCAGCCCCACUUUCAUACACAUCUUACCAAAGUGAACGGAACCUUACUUUAUUGUCAUCAUUGUGUACGUGAACCAUACUCGGUGUGUUUACGUGCCGUAGUCUUGCCCCAGUGUGUUCAGCGAUGCACUUAGUGAACAGGUUAACAUCUCAGCUGCGUAUUUCAGUGUUGUCAUAGCUGCGUGUUUCUAGCUGCGUUCAGUCAACGUGCUAAGUCUCAGGUCUCUGUCCUGCCAGCUGUGCGACGGGGCUCGGAAACCCCCUCCCCACCCCUCU